AUGGCUGCAAACACAAAUUCACUUUCAUUGCGAUCGGUCCUUGAAAAGGACAAAGUGAAUAGUUUAAAUUUCCUUAACUUGUUUCUUAGCUUAAGGAUUGUCCUCAAACAAGAACGGAAAUUAUAUGCCAUUGAACAACCUCUUCCAAAUGAACCGCCUAGUAAUGCCUCGAGGGUUGAUAGAGAUGUUUACAAUAAGCAUCUCGAUGAUAUGGUAGACAUUAGAUGUCUUAUGCUUGCCACUAUGAAUCCUAAUAUUCAGAAGCCACACAAGGACAUGGUUUCUUAUGAUAUGAUCGAGCACCUGGAAGAACUUUAUCAGGGAAGGAAGCCAAUAGGACCUCAUGUUCUUAAGAUGAUUGGCUAUAUUGAAAGUCUGUCUAAACUUGGAUUUCCACUAAGCCAAGAGUUGGCCAUUGAUGUUAUUCUGCAAUCGUUUCCUGAUAGCUAUAGCCACAUGUUGCGAACUACUGAAAGUAACAUGAAAAAGACUGGACCUAAGCCCAUUGUAAAGGUCUGUAAUAACAAGGGCAAGGGGAAAGCUAAACCUAAGACAAAGCCCAAGGGUAAAGGUAGGCCUAAGUCUAAAAAUGGAAAGGCUACACUGAAGCCCAAAGGAGGGGUGGCUAAGGAAGGAAAUUGCUUCCAUUGUGGUGUGAUUGGACAUUGGAAAAGGAACUGCCCUGUCUAUCUUGAGGAAGUCAAGAAGGCCAAAGAAAGCUAA